UAUAUAUUCUGAACAUAAUUACUGUACAGUAUCUCGGUUAAGGGCAGCAUUUCUAUUCAUUAAAGAAGAUAAUCAUCAUCCGCUUUACUAUCCUUUAGUGGCCUGAAAAAUAACUACUACUAAGCGAAACUAUUCGACAUGCGUAUUCCAUAUGUCCCCAACCCACCCCCUACUACCACCCCCGAAGAGGCAGAAGUCCUCAGUCGGGUGCAAACUCGACGCGGUGAAAAGGGCUUAAUACCUCUCGAUCUCGCCCUUCUGCACUCAUUUCCAGUUGCCGAUGGGUGGAAUUCGUUCAUCGGGGCUAUCCGAACCCGCACUAGCCUCUCCCAAGCUAUUCGUGAACUUAUCAUCUGCCGCAUCGCUGUGGUCAACGGAGCUUGGUUCGAAUGGGAUCAGCACUCGCCCUUGCUCUUGGAAGGUGGAUGCAGUGCGGAUGCGGUGGAGGUUGUUCGCAACGCUCAGGCUGACAUCCUCCAGAAAGUGCAAGAGAAGGUGCUAAGGCCCGAGGAGGCUGCGGUGUUGAAGUAUACAGACGCCAUGACAAAAACUGUUACUGUACCCGAGGAAGUAUUUCAAGAAUUGAAGAGACUCUUCAAUGAUCGGGAGGUUGUGGAGAUCACUGCCACUGCAGCAGCUUACAAUUGUGUUAGUCGGUUUCUGGUUGCACUGGAUGUUGGAGAGAAAAACCAUUAAAGGACAUAAUGUGUGAUACAUAUAAAAAUACAGUCACGCAGCUAUACGCAGC